AUGGAAGAGCAAACUCAAGAUCAUCAAGAAUCGAGUACCAUUCCACAAGAGAAUGUAGAAUCACCCGCUGAACAAGCACCUGUUCAAAAAGCAGAAAAGAAACCAGAACAAACUCCUACGCAGAAAGUAAAACGUCCAAUGACGGAUAAGCAAAGGGCAGCAUUGGAGAAGGCCCAAAAGGCCCGAGCCGCACAGUUACGUGAGAUGCAGGCGAAAUGUGAAGAGCAAAGGAAAGAGGAAGAGAAGAAGCGUAAAAUCGAUGAGGCCAAACGCAUCCUUGAAGAGGAGAAGGAACAGAAGCGAUUAGCAAGGGAAGAACGACGAAACACGAAGCGAGGAAUGAAGGCAACACCAACACCAACACCAACAACAACUAGGAGCAAGAGAACCAAACUAGCAGCAAAGGCGCAGCCAGCAGCAAUACGUCCAUCUAAAAAAAAGAGCGUAAUUUUGAAAUUCGGUGAUGAUGAACCAUUCUUUGACUCUAGAUCACCGUUCUUUGAGGAGGACAAUGUUGAGGAGGACAACUAUGGUGGCAUUUUUGGCUGA